AUGUCAGCCAAGACCUUCAUUGUCACCGGUGCCUCAAGAGGAAUUGGUCUUGCAGUAACAAAGUUCCUUCUGGCCGCGCCUCAAUCCCACAAUGUUGUGGUAAUCGCGCGCAGCUUGGAACCCCUCCAGAAACUCAAAGAACAAUUCACGAAACAAGUCGAAGUCCUCAAUGGCGACAUCACAGAUUUCUCUCUUGCACAAAAAGCAGUCGACCUAGCCCUUAAGUCUUUCGGACGCUUAGAUGGAAUGGUUCUCAACCACGGAGUGUUAGGACAGGUAGGGAAAAUUGCCGAAGCGGAUCCACAGCAAUGGAAAGAAGGGUUUGAAAUCAAUUUCUUCAGCUUGGUAGCCUUUGUUAAAGCCGGUCUGCCCGCGCUUCGCGAAGCGAAGGGCAGAAUUAUUUUCACCUCAUCCGGAGCUGCCGUUUCUGCCUACAGGGGCUGGGGAUUGUACGGUUCAACCAAGGCGGCAAUGAACCAUCUUGCCAUGAGCCUAGGGGAAGAAGAGCCCGAGGUAACGACUGUGUCUAUUCGGCCCGGUAUGGUUGAUACCGAUAUGCAACGAGAAUUGCGGGAAGACUACGCCACAGCUCUCGAGCCACAGGUCCAUGCCAAAUUCAUUACGGUUCACAAAGAUGGAAAACUACUUCAACCAGAACAACCAGGCCAUGUGAUGGCCAAACUGGUAAUUGAUGCUCCAAAUUCAUUGUCCGGAAAAUUUCUAUCAUGGAAUGAUCAAGCCCUGCAGGACUUCCAGUAA